UGAGUCUCUCAGACCAUGACAACAAAACCACAAAUCUACAGUUUUUCAUACCCUCUUUUACUUGUAGCUUAUUUAAAAGCCUCACCGUCGACCCUUCUUUGAGCCCGCCCCUGCCUUGACUCUGCUUCCUCUCCUCUCCUCUCCUCUCCUCUUUUCUUUCUUUCCGAUCGGCAGAUCAAACCGCGAUUUCCUCUUCUAGUUUUAUUCUCCUGCGGAUCAGUUCGUGGAAUUUCGGGUCCUGAAUUGGACUGUAUAUUUUUUUUGUGCUUCCUCUGUUUUGUUUGCACCUGCUCUGUUCCUCUGCUUUCUUUAACCUGUCGUCGGGAUAAAGAGAAUGGAGAGGCUUUCUUCCACGACGCUUCUCCCCGAGGCGUUCCAGGGGACGAGGGACGACAUCACGCAGCAGAUGGGGAUCGUGUGGGAGCACAUCAAGUCGCCGGUGGUGGUGCCGCUGCUGAGGCUCGCCGUCCUCAUCUGCCUCGCCAUGUCGCUCAUGUUAUUCGUCGAGAAGGUGUACAUGGCGGUGGUCAUCGUGCUGGUCCGCCUGUUCCGGCGGCGACCCGAGACCAACUACAAGUGGGAGCCGAUGGGCGAGGACCCCGAGGCCGGCAAUGCCGCCUACCCGAUGGUGCUCGUCCAAAUCCCCAUGUACAAUGAGAAAGAGGUGUACCAGCUAUCGAUCGCCGCUGCGUGCGGGCUGUCAUGGCCGUCGGACCGCAUCAUAAUUCAGGUGCUGGACGACUCGACGGAUCCGGCGAUCAAGGAGUUGGUGGUGAAGGAGUGCCACCGGCGGGCGAGCAAAGGGGUGAACAUAAAGUACGAGAUCAGGGAGAACAGGAACGGGUACAAGGCAGGGGCGCUGAAGGAGGGCAUGAAGCACAGCUACGUGAAGCAAUGCGACUACGUGGCCAUCUUCGACGCCGACUUCCAGCCGGAGCCCGACUUCCUGAUGCGCUCCGUCCCCUUCCUCCUCCACAACCACAACAUCGCCCUCGUCCAAGCCCGCUGGAAAUUCGUGAACUCGGAUGAAUGUUUGAUGACGAGGAUGCAGGAGAUGUCCCUGGAUUACCAUUUCACGGUGGAACAGGAAGUGGGAUCCUCCACCUGCGCCUUCUUCGGAUUCAAUGGGACUGCUGGUGUCUGGAGGAUUUCUGCUCUCAACGAAGCGGGAGGAUGGAAGGAUCGGACCACGGUCGAAGACAUGGAUUUGGCUGUUCGAGCAAGCCUCAGGGGCUGGAAAUUCAUUUUCCUUGGAGAUCUCGAGGCUAAAAGCGAGCUCCCGAGCACUCUCAAGGCCUACCGCUAUCAGCAGCACAGAUGGUCAUGCGGACCAGCAAACUUGUUCAGGAAAAUGGCGGUGGAGAUCGCCAUGAACAAGAAAGUGAACCUCUGGACCAAGAUUCAUGUGAUAUACAGCUUCUUCUUCGUUCGGAAAAUCGUCGCUCACAUCGUCACCUUCAUAUUCUACUGCGUCGUCAUCCCCGCGACGGUGUUGGUUCCUCAAGUGCAAGUGCCAAAGUGGGGUUUAGUCUACGUGCCCUCCAUCAUCACCAUGCUCAAUGCUGUCGGGACUCCGAGGUCUCUUCACUUGCUCGUCUUCUGGAUCCUUUUCGAGAACGUCAUGUCGUUGCACAGAACAAAGGCGACCUUCAUCGGCCUCUUGGAAGUAGGGAGAGUGAAUGAGUGGGUGGUCACGGAGAAGCUGGGCGACAUCAUGAAGACUAAAAAUGGUGGCAAAGCAGCAAGGAGAUUCAGACUCAGGAUUGGUGAAAAGUUGCAUCUUUUGGAGCUCUUUACUGGAGCUUACCUCUACUUCUGUGGCUGCUACGAUCUGGCCUUCGGGAGCAACCAUUACUACCUCUACCUCUUCGCCCAAGGAACUGCCUUCUUCAUCGUCGGACUCGGCUAUGUCGGCACUUUUGUCCCCCGUUCCUGAAGCUAUUCAUUGUGAUCAAGCAAACAAUAAAAGCUUAAGAAGCAAUGCGAGGCACUGAAGAAGGCAAACUUGUGUCGAUAGGAUUCCUUGUGUGAAUAUUCUUUUGAGCAUUGUGCAACCUUAUAGAUAGAAAUUUUCAUUCUUCCAGCCGCAGCUCCGAAUGCCAGUAGAAAUCGGCGUUUGUUGAAUUCAAAGAAGGAAUUGAUGGCGAACAGAAUUCCAUUUGUUAGUUUUCAAUACAAAUAUUGUUCCAAAAUUCUUCUCUUUUUUUUUCAAUGCUGAAGCUGCAAACCAAUUAAUUUCUGUCAAAACUCUCUUUCCCCAUCGAAGAACAAUCCCA